AUCUUGAUCCGUCUAACAUCAGCAUGAGGUCGAUAAUAGUUUCCUUGGCUGUGGGUCUCUUGAUCGUGACCUGCCUCGCCAUGGCAGAUGACAGUGGCGGCCACGGUGGUGGUGGUGGCGGCUAUGGUAGCUCCGGUGGCGGACGUGGCUAUAAUGGCUCCAGUGGAGGAGGUGGUUAUGGUGGCUCCAGUGGCGGAGGCGGCUAUGGUAGCUCUAGUGGCGGAAGUGGCUAUUCUGGCUCCAGUGACGGAGGCGGCUAUGGUGGCUCCAGUGGUGGAGGUGGCUAUGGUGGCUAUGGUAGCUCCGGUGGCGACGGCGGUUAUGGUGCCUCCAGUGGUGGAGGUGGCCAUGGUAGCUAUGAUAGCUCCAGUGGUGGAGGUGGCUAUGGUAGCUCCAGUGACGGAGGCGGCUAUGGUGUCUCCAGUGGUGGAGGUGGUCAUGGUGACUAUGAUAGCUCCGGUGGCGACGGCGGUUAUGGUGCCUCCAGUGGCGGAGGCGGCUACGGUAGCUCCGGUGGCGGAGGCAGCUAUGGUGGGUCCAAUGGCGGGGGCGGCUAUGGUAGCUCCAGUGGCGGAAAUGGCUAUUCUGGUUCUAGUGGCGGAGGCGGCUAUGGUAGCUCCAAUGGAGGUUAUGGAAAGUAAAUGUAAGCAUGAAGAAAUGAGACACACCAAUACUAAGUUUCCUGAACUCUUCUUCGCCAGUUUGUGUCUCGUGAUUCUUGUGUUGUAAAAAUAAAACUUA